GUUUCAAGGCUCAACAGUACUAUUCUUGCUAGUAUUGCUACAGAUAUUAGGAAAUACUUGCUGCUGAUAAUUCGCCGGAACAAAUGGCGAGGUAUCUGCGACCCCCAAACUCCUCUCUCUUUGUUCGGAAUAUCUCAGACGACUCCAGAAUGGUAAAGAUACAGUUCUGGAGAGCCCGCCCCCUACCGCUACACACUGAAAAGUUACCAGGUAGAGUAGCCAAAGACCAAGCGCUAGCAAAAAACACACACAGCAAAAGCAUCAAGAUUCAAAGAGGGGAGCGAUCAAGAGCGAGAAACGGCCAUUUUGUCUACCGAAGGGAGCGCCUCCAUUUUGUGGGAAAAGGGAGCAAAAAGCGUUUAUGGGGCAAAGACAAGUGCUACGUUCCUCUGCCAAGACAAUAAAGAGCAAGCUGAAGUUCAAAGAACAAGCAUGUUAAAAGGUAAACGGGACAAGCCUUUUUUUUUAAUUACGUUCGAAGACGUGCGAGAUGCCGAAGACGCCCUCCACAACCUGGACCACAAGUGGGUGUCCGGUCGCCAAAUUGAGAUCCAGUUUGCCCAGGGAGACCGAAAGACUCCCAACCAGAUGAAGUCAAAAGAACGACACUCCCCUCGCAGUUCUUCACGUUACGACGACGAUCGGCGAAGACGCUCGCGCAGUCGCAGCUAUGACCGCCGUCGGUCGCGCAGCCCUUCCUACGAGCGGCGACCGCGUAGAUCCGUCAGUCCCAGAGCUUCACGCUCCUAUGGCCGACACAGACGCAGUGGAAGCCAUGAAAACGACAAGUACAAAGGCAGCCAGCAUGAAUGCCACAGAACCCAGCGUGACCCUGCGACUCGGAACCGCUCGACGUCCCGUUCGCCCUCCCGCGCCAGGCCCAAAAGCGGAAAAAGCCGGUCCCGGUCGCGCAGCCCCGAGGCCCAAGAAGAAAACCAUCCAGCACCCGGCGUCCGCAAUAACUCCUUCACCCGCUCAGUUUCGCGGUCUGUAUCACGCUCGCGAUCGCGCUCCCGUUCUUGGGCGGAGUACAAGUCCGGACACAGCUAAAUAUACUUUUGGAAAAUAUUGUGACUGUAUUUUUGUAGAGUGGCUUGUUAUAUUAGACGACAAUGGCAGUGAAUGGUGAAAAUUUUUUAAAGCCUGUAGUUUAUAGUGAUGGGUACCUCAGUGAAGUUGCCCCAACCCCCCCGAAUAGGUGAUGUAUUCAGUGUAUCACAAAAGUGAGUACACCCCUGGCAUUUCUUCAGAUAUUUAAGUAUCUGUUUUCAUGGGACAACACUGACAAAAUGACACUUUGACACAAUGAAUAGUCUGUCUGCUGCUUAUAUAAUACAGUUAAUGUAUUUUCCCCCCAAAAUAACUUAAAAUAUAGCAAUUAAUAUCUAAA